UUAAUAGCUCUUUUAGUCACCUUUUAAAGACACUGUAGAAGUGUAUCUAGACUUAUCUGGAUUCUCAGUCUUUGGAGAAGUUGCAUUAUAUGAACAUCUGGCUCUUGCAGACUUCUGAAGCUCAGAUACAUCACUUUGAAACCAGACGAGCCAAGAAGCCCAAGAACUCUGCUGCUGAUAUGCUUGAUAUUUUUGUUGAAUGUGAAGUUCACAGUGCUGAUGUUAGUCCCCUUAUCACUUCCUUAAAGAGAGUAGCAGAGGAUGUGAGAACUAGCAGAGAAGACAAAGUGCCCUGGUUCCCUAGGAAAGUCCAAGAUCUGGACAAAUGUCACCAUCUGAUCACUAAGUAUGAUCCCAGUUUGGACCAUGGUCACCCUGGAUAUACCGACCUGGAGUAUAAGAAACGGAGGGCAUUCUUUGCUGACCUUGCCUUUAAUUACAAAGCAGGAGACCCUUUGCCUCGCAUUGAAUACACAGCACAGGAGACUGCAACUUGGAGAGAAGUCUACAGAAAGCUGAGCAGCCUUUACCCUACUCAUGCUUGUAAGCAGUAUCUGGAUGCUUUCCAGCAGCUGGAGAAAUACUGUGGCUACCAAGAGAAUAACAUACCUCAACUUCAGGACAUCUCCAGAUUUUUAAAAGAGAGAACAGGUUUCCAGCUGAGACCAGCUGCAGGGCUGCUGUCUGCUCGUGACUUCCUUGCCAGCCUGGCAUUUCGUGUCUUCCAGAGCACACAGUAUAUAAGGCAUUUCUCUUCUCCUAUGCAUUCCCCAGAACCAGACUGCUGCCAUGAGUUACUGGGUCAUGUUCCCAUGUUAGCUGAUGAAGAGUUUGCCCAGUUCUCACAGGAUAUUGGACUGGCUUCUCUUGGAUCAUCUGAAGCGGAGAUUGAGAAACUGGCCACAGUUUAUUGGUUCACUGUGGAGUUUGGUCUCUGCAAGCAAAACGGAUCGAUCAAAGCUUACGGGGCAGGACUGCUUUCGUCCUAUGGGGAACUUAUGUAUGCUUUAUCCAACAAGCCAGAGUACAAGCCUUUUGAUCCAGAAGUGACUGCAGUUCACCCCUAUCAGGAUCAAGCCUUUCAACCUGUCUAUUUCAUAGCAGAAAGUCUGGAAGAUGCCAAGGCCAAGCUUCAAAACUACACAAUGAAGAUCAAGAAGCCUUUCUCUCUGCACUACAACCCAUUCACCAGCAGUGUAGAGGUUAUGAACACACCUCAGAAAGUCAAGAAGGCACUCUGUCAGAUGAAAGAGGAAUUGAAAAACCUCUGCUUGGCCCUUGAAAACAUCUCUUAAAACUACAGCAGUACAACUCACCUGGCUCUGAGAUACUCGUAGAUGGUUCCAGCACUUGAAGAUUUAGUGAUGAAGUUGUAGUUGCAUAUGAAAGUUUUUAAGCCACAAAACGGCUCCGUUAAGCUAAUCUUUUCACUGUAAUUUAGGCUGCUGACUUAGCCACAGUAAUAAGUUCCUACUGAGUAUAUUUCAAUGACAAGCAAGACCAAAUUACUCCAAUUUUUGGUAGGUGAUAUGAGCUACAGCUGUUUGGAGUGUAUUUAUCUGUUAUUAUUGGACUCUUACAGGUGUUUUUUUAAUUCACCUGCCACCUUUUCAAGUUAUCUGUCACAGAAUAGCACAGUAACUCUUCUGCUACACAGUCCUUUACUUGCUGCUUAAAUGACAUGAUCAUAGUCUUUUUAGGUUGGCUAGCUGCCUACUGUUAGCAGUCCUUGCAGUUAGCUCAUUUCUGUUAGCAAUUACUAUCAGCUAUUGUGCUCACAAACUAUGAAUGGUUCCCUUACAAUGUGCAAAUGCAAAAGCUUGUAAAAGGAACCCUUUACUUCUGCUCACUAUUUAUUUUUUAGACACUCAUUUCAUUCAGUAGCCUUCAAAUAUGUCAAAAUAAUUUCCUGUCAUAUUUGACUUCUCUGAAUGUUUGUCCCUUGGCUAAAAAAAAAAAAAAAGGCAGAAAAUAAUAGGCUCAUGAUACUCUGGUUCUGUCACAUACAAGGAUGCUUAAUUUAAAAAGGAAUUUUGGAUCCUGGAAAGGAAAUCUAAGUGUAAGGAAUGAUUUUUGAAGAAGCCUUUAAAAAAUAAGUCCCAUUAGUAUUUCAUCUUCAGAUACCCCUGAAGAACUUCAAAAGCAAGCUAUGCUUUGUGUUUCUUGUUGAUGUCAUGAUGAUUGUAGUAACAGCCAAAAGGCCAAAUAUAGGGAACACCUGGUGCAAAACUUAAGAUCAACCACUAGCAGCCAUAUAGCUUUGCUGUAGAAACAAUAUCAGAUACAUACUCCAACUCAUCUUGCUCCCUCUCCAGUCCCUCUCUGAGAUGUGUCUGAAAUUUAUCUAUACUCUACAGGAUAUGUUUCCCAGAAUAGAGCUCAUAAUUACAUUUUUCAGACUCCCAUGCUCUUUGUGUCCCCUUUUUUCCUCUCUUAUCCACAAGUAGAGACUAGUUCAGGAAAAGACAACAAUGCUUAUGCCUAGGAUUCCUUCUCCUGUUAACAACAGUGCAGAGUUGGUGCAGGUUACAAGGGCAACAUGGAUCUCAUGGCUCAGGGUGGGUGAUCAUGAUCCACAAGUGUCAAGGUACCUUGUGUAAUUUAGAAGCUCUACUUAUUUUUUUCAAAAGUAGAUUGGACAGUAGGCUCAUCCACGGCUAUCCACUAACUGCCAGUGUACAGGGUAUGAAGUUUGAGGUAACUGUGAUGUGCUUUGGCUCUUGAUGGAAAAUGAGUCAUCAUCUUUGCCUUAACUGGUUGCUGUGGGAUAGGAGCAUGCACACAGAAAGUCACAACAGAACAAUUCAGACGCUGUUACUGCAUAGAGCGCUUAUCUCUGUAAUUGGUCCAUGUGCCAGGCUCUAAAGAAAGUAUUAUUGAAAGUUAAUGGGAUUUUGUCUUUUAAAUCUUCAUGUCUAUAAGCACAUCAGAAAAUUAUCCCAUGGGCAGUAAUAGAGUAUUCAAGGUUUAGGAAGCUGCUGCAAUUGCUCCAUUUUAUUAAUACGUGGUGAUGCCUGAAAUAUUUGGAAGUAUCUUGGCAAAAAUGGCUCUGAAACUUCUUCCACUCAACAACAGAAACAUCCCAAGUUUGUUCUUUGUUUUUAAGUCCAGGAUUCUUCUGCUCUACUCCAAGAGAACACUUGCAUAUCAUAAACUCUGUUUUGGUAGAGACAGUGACAGAGCUGAAGUGAGUUCCUUUGCUUCCAGUAUUUUUCUGCUGUGAUGGAGAAUGAUCUCUCAGCAUACUUUCAUGGAUUUAAUUCUACUCAUCCUGCUAAUACAUGCACAGAGAAAUACCGUUUCUCUUCAGAGCAAUUUGUUUUGUUACAUAUUGUAAUAAUUUAUCUGUCUUAUUCCUGCCAAUUGGUGCGUAGGCAAAAAUGCUUGAUAGUUCGCAACAGAUUGUUUUCAGAAGUAUCAUUUUCAUCAAUCAGUUGUUUUACAGUGAAAAUUGAACCAUGUGCUCCAGUUUUGUGUGUUUUCUUUUUCUUUCUUUUUAAGUGAAAGAUAAUGCCAGAGAGGAAGAGCUAUCAAAAUAUUUUCUGUAGACGGACUCUGUAGGCCAUAGGGUCUUUUUCAUGUAUUCCCUCUGAAACAGUUGGAUGUGGAGUUUAGACUUGAGCUUGGCUAUUGCUCAGAACAGACCUAUAUUUGGAAGAAAUGAGAGACCUGAUGGAUUUGUUUUGCCCAAGGCCUCACACUUUCCUUGGAGGGACUCCAGGCCCGCCCACACACCCUUGUCUUUUCCAGUUCCUGUAGCAAGGAGAGAAAAAGAAACCAUUUGGAGCCAGAUUCUCCCACCCUUACACACGCUGAGUAGUACCCGAUCUCUCUCGAACAAUCUCAGAGACCGUACUGAGCCUAUUUAAAGUGCUGUACACAGACAGUUAAACCAGGAUUGUCAAAACCUCUGCGGGUGUACUUGCAUUUUUAUUGUCUUAAUGACAGUCAGGCAGUGUACGUGGCUAAGGUAGGAUCCAGUGAAGCUUAGCAAAGCUUCAAAAGUAAUGAAUUUGGCUACCUGAACUUUAAAGAAACAUACAAGUUUUUCCAAAGGAGGCAAACCUUACCCUCCUUACUCAGGCAAGACCUACCCUAGGAUAGCCAUGUUUGACACUCCCCUCUAAGAAGGUCCAAAUUCUUCUUUUCUGAUUCAGUGUAGUGAUAAAGUGAAAGCCUUCAGUGUUACAUCCUUAUGAGGUACACUGGUCAUGCUGCUUUUCUAAUAGUCAUUCUUUCAUUUCCUCACAGAAGCCAAGAAGUACCUCAUACUCCUGUCAGUCUAAAGCAGGGGUGAUGGGGAAGGCAGUUAUGGGGCCUCCUGAUGAAAAUAAUGGCACAGAGGAAAAAGCACCAACCAGUAAAAAUAUGUCUUUUUGUCAGUUUGCAUUUCAGCAGUUUCACAUUAAUCUUGCACAAGAAGCCUCCAAAGCCAAAUAAAACACAUCUUGUGACUUGAAACUGAACUGAUGAACUCCCCAUGGGUCCUUUGCUUAUCCGAUAAACUUAUUUUUCCUAGAUGGAGUGCAUUUAGAACAAAAUAGUGUAUGUUAUUAAAUCUGUAUUGUGUUGUUCUGUUAUACAUGGGAGAGUUAGUAAUUCAGUUUGUGGGUUUGGGUUUGUUUUGUUUUUUGGCUAACCAAGUCUAUCCUCUACCAAUUUUGGUCCACCUUCAAGCCUCCAGCUGCUUCACUGCUUCCCUGCAGAUUUACUAGGGAUGCCAAGGGUACCACUGUGUAAGGAGAAUACACAGUUAUGCAAUUUGGGGAAUUUGGCAGGACAGGAAGAGGAAAUUUAGGCAGGCCUCCCACCCACUCCCAUGAGAAAUAGUAUUGUAUUACAAGGCAGAGCUGUCACCCUCAGAAAGACCUUCUCAAACAUUUCCCCCUGGAUCCCUUAACAUUUUGACCUUUAUACUACCUGGUGAACAUAAACCUUAAUUAAGUAAAGACACACCAAAAAGGUGAAACAAGAAACAAACAAACAAACAAAAGACUUUCCAAGAGAGGAAACUUCAUUACAGUCAGUAUUCCUUGUCUCUGCUGAUCCAUGGAGAAAGAAGAAAACAAAACAGAAAAGCAAACUUCCAUGGAAAUGAUAGCGUAUUCCUGAAGAAACCUAAACCAUUAAAUUGUUUUAUGUACAACUAUACACACGAAGAUCCCCUUACACCCAUCACUGAAAUGCCAUAAUUUACCCAGUAAAUCAUGCCCAACAAAUUAAUCACGCACAGAAGUGUAACAUGACUGCUUGAGGCAAGGAAUGAAGCUACCAGGAAAAACCCUCUGGUAUCUUUGCCUUAGGCCCGUACUGCAAAAACAGAAGGUUCUCUGGAGCCUGCUUCUGCAGAUAUCCUACAGCAUGGAGGAAUUCCAGCUGGCAAAGAAACAGAGGGGUAUAUACAUACAUCCCUAGUAAUCUCACCCACCACUAAUCAGGAGUUUAUACGUGGGCUUUGAGGUUUAGUUAGAGGACAUAACUUCUCAGCAUUCUUCAGCUGGCUUAUGAUCAGAAGUUGGCAGAAAGGGUUACUGGCUGUAUCAUAUUAAAUAUACAUUAACUUUGGGUAAUGCUGGUGGCUGAGGCCCAAAGUGAAAGAAAAUCUCUGGCACUCUCUCCCACCACAAGAAUUCCUUAGGGGAAAGAAAGUCAGACUAGAAAGAGUCUGGCUGACAACCGGCAGAGCAAAGGGAUGAGGAAUGGAAAGGACCAGUAGAUAGGCCUAAAGCAUAUUUGUUUUGCGUAUGCUGUUUCAUUGUACUUGAGAAACAUUUCUGCUCGAAAGGGAGCUUUUUAGCACAAAGGAGGAAAUUUCCUAGCUGUAGAACUGUAGAUGAACCAAGGCCAGCUAAGAUUUCUUAACUGUGCCUGAGGAGCUUUAGCCUUAUCUAAGGCCAUUUACUUUCAGCACAGGAUACAAAGGUUAGAAAGUAGAAAAGAGGUCUUUGUGAAAGGAUUUUUUAAUAGUGUGUGGGAAAGCUGAAGCUGAUGAGGCCUUGCUGCCCUGCAAAACAUAAGAAUCCUAAAUUUUGAGUGAAGGAUACCUUAGGAGGGGAAAGCAAGCUGCUGGCCAAGCACUACCCCUACGGCAGAUGACUGUGAAAUCAUUAGUGCUGUGACUGUAUGGUAGGUUCUGUCUUUUACCCUGCUUAUCUAUUUUUUCAAGAGUUUUCUUUUUCUCUUUAUUGAUCCCUUUGACCUGUGUUUGCAAAUGGCGAAAAUCAGCAGACUGAACAUGAGAAAGUUCAAUAUUGUUUUCCCAGGAUUUUGAUGGAACUUAAGCAACAAACGGACCCUCUUAAACUUAAACCUGGCCAUUGCCAAAGGUGGUUAAGACCUAGUGAAAUAGUUACAUUUGGGUAAAAGAGGUGACAGCUGCCAUUUAAUGUACCCAAGCCAAAUCUUUACUCCCAUCCACAACCAGCAGUGUUAGCCUUCAAGCUAUGUUUUUCACAAAAGAUAGACUUAAACAUAAACUACUAAAUAUAAAACAUAGCACAUAACACCUGUCAGGUAGAGUAACUAGAAAAAUCCUCCAGUUUGGAAGUUCAGUAUCUGAACUGGCUGGUUUGUAACAAUUUUGGACACCAUUUAAAAUUAUGUGGCGCAUUUUAGGUGUCACUGAAGUUGUGGAGUUUGAGCAUGGCAUGCAAGAAAACAGGAUAUGCUGUUGCCUUUAGCAAAGUCAGUUUGACCGAUCCCACUUAAAGACUAUGAAUCAACAGCAAAAUUUCUGUGGACCAGGCUGAGAGCUAAAACACGGAAGUAAAAAUGAAGGGUUCGUUCAUAGUCAUGUUACUGUGCAGCCUUUAGUACUUUCCUCUUACAUUUACUGACAGAGAAAAGAAAACCCAACUAUCAGUAUUAUAGAAAUAUUCCAUGAAGUGGUAAACUGGCACACUGUAAAUAUUCUGACAUAAAUAGACAAUUAAAAUGGACUUGUAGAAGGAAAAUACCUAUUAGUUUGUUUAUUAACAAAAGCCGUCUUUCAAGAACAUCUCACAAUAUUACACG